AUGUCCAACAUCAAGCUCUACUACUCCCCAGGCGCUUGUUCACUGGCCCCGCAUAUCCUCCUCCAUGAAACAGGCCAUGCUUUCACCACAAAACAAGAAGGACGAAGUGCCUCUGACGAGCUCCGCGCUCUAAACCCCAAAGCCAAGGUCCCCGUCCUCUUAAUUGACGACACGGUCAUCACCGAAAAUAUCGCUAUCCAGACUGCAAUCUCCAAUCUCGCACCGGAGAAGAGCCUCCUCGGUGCCCCGGGAAGCCUGGAAUCGAUCAGGAUCUUGGAGUGGCUUUCAUGGCUAGCUACCUCGGUCCAUGCCACCGGCUUUGGAUUGUAUUUCCGUCCAUUCCGGUUCACCACGAGUUCCGAUGAGAAGACACAUGAGGAGGUCAAAGCCCGGGCCAAGGAACUGCUCAAAGAUGCAUUUGAUCUUGUUGAGGAAAAGUUGACCGGGGUUCAUGCCGUGGGUGAUCGAUUUACCGCAGCUGAUGCUUAUUUGUAUGUGUUCUAUCGCUGGGGUUCGACCAUUUGGGAUAUGGAGGCCACAUUCCCAAAGUAUGCGGCUUUGGCAGCGGCUGUUCAAGCUAGAGAGUCAACAAUCAAGGCUCUCAAGGAAGAAGGCCUGUGA